AUGAGUAUAAGCAAAUACUCGCAUACGAUUAUGUUGCAUACGCGCAGUCCAUGGUCCCGAAGAACGUCACCAUCAUUCGAGCGUCUUGGCUUCGACCGGCUGCGCAAACGACGUCAAAGUGCGCCAGCUUUAUCACUCGCUGUACCGCCGCUUUCUUCGUUUCCCGGUUCCAGCACUCAAACCAGUCCUGACACUGAUGAUCAUCAGAGCAUAGCAAAUCUAAGGCAGAAUAAAAUCUCCUCUGCUUUUGCUUUCUAA